AACCCCGAGGAGCCAUUGAGCACUCCGCAGUCAUACAAAAUGGUCUCAGACUUCAGGAAGAAGAAGUACUCCUACGUCUUCACGGUGUUCUUCGACACCAACAAGAGCGGAACAAUCGACAAGAAAGACUUUGAUCUGGCGAAAGAACAGAUCGCCAAGUUGCGAGGAUGGAAGUCCGGGGAGCCGACUUACAAGAUCUUGGAAGAUACUCUGAACCAGCUGUGGGAGGGUCUGCAGGGAGCUGACGCUAACAAGGACGGUGAAGUGUCGGUCGACGAAUGGGUCGGCGUUUGGGAUAGCUACGCUAAGAACCCAUCAGGUGCUCCUGAGUGGCAGAGCUUGUACGCGCGUUUCGUCUUCCAAUUGGAGGAUGGAUCCAACGACGGAUCUAUUGACGGCGAGGAGUUCUCGACUGUCCUCGCUUCCUUCGGUGGGGACAAGGCAGAGGCUGUCGAGGCCUUCAAGAAGCUGGCUGGUGGAAAGAGCAGCAUCUCAUGGGCGGAAUUUGAGAAGCUUUUCAUAGAGUACUUCACUGCUGAGGAUGCAAGUGCCCCCGGCAACUUCCUCUUCGGCAAGACUAGCUACUAAAGUGAUAGACUGAUGUAUUUAUUGUGAUAUAAUGUGUUUGGUGCGAAUAUGUAAUGUAUGUAUGUUUAAAAACUUAUGAUUAUUGUUAUGAUGUAAUAUAAUAAC